AUGUCUUCUCACGUGGUUGUAGUUUCGCCUGACGUCAAGCGGGUCAGCGUUAAGGUCAACCCUGGAACAUACAUGUUCGACGUUCUCGAGGAGGCUUGCAAGAAGCUCAACCUGCAGGUAGACAAGUGGUCUCUCAAGCACCAGAAGAACGUGAUCAAUCUCAGCGAUCAGUUUCGCAUCACUCGUCUCACACCAGGUGCUAAACUUGAACUUGUAGCAAGUUCAAAGACGACCUCGGUGGUGAACAUCGCCCUCAAGCUUCCGGAAGCUGAAGCCAAAGCGAUUCCUAAUGGACGCCUUAUGGAGAAGUUCAGAAGUGAUACCACGCUUUGGAAGAUGCUGCGGCAGUUCGAGUCAAAGGGAUCGCCGUCUGGCCACACGUUGAACUUCACCGAUCGAGGCAUACCUCAGACGAGCAACGGUACCCAGGCAGGCAGUGGGCAGCUGUUUUAUGAGAUGCCGUCACUUCGAAUCAUGAGCCGGGAGAUAUCGACGCUUGCAGACUUUCAGAAGACCCUCUCUCAACUUGGCCUGACCUCCGGGAGUCAUAUGAUCCAGUUGUCUUUCAAGUCCACAGACAAGACGCUCAACGACGCGAUGCAGGAGAUCUCUCAGUUCUUCGAAGAUGAGGAGAAAGCAGAGGCAAAGGAGAAGAGUGUGGUUACUGGGGCGUCGUCAACCCAGACCGAGUCCCUCUUGGACACUCCCAACCCGGAGAGCUUCGAUAGUACCACUCUCCAGGCUCCGUUGGUUGCUGGAACGGGAGCGGUAGCCGCUGAUGGCUCACAAGGUGUUGAACCAACCGAGUCGACUGCAACCCCUGUGGAUUCGCCUCGGCCAACUAGUGACGAGGAUCGUGAACCUGACCCGCGCACUUCGAGCCUCGAACCUGUCAGCAUCUUUUCCGCACCUACGAACUCCAGGCCCGUGGCUGCCUCGGUAGACGUUCCUGACUCUGUCUACACACCGACAAUCGCACACGCCCAGGCACACCAGCAAAACUUGCAGGCGAGCGCUGUCAAUAAGCGGCUUAAGUCCGAUGCUGAGCUUGCAGCGGAGGCCCGAGACGCGGAAGCCAAGGCUGCAGCGGUCAAGAAGAUCGAUGUGAAAGUGCGAUUUCCAGACGAGACCUCGGCGCAGUGGAACUUCGGGCCCAUGGACACCGGUUCAACUCUAUAUAAGGCCGUCCGGGGGGUCAUGGCGAAUGACUCCGCCCCGUUCAAGCUGGUGUUGCCUGGGGUUCCAUCUCCUUCGAACCUCAUCAAAGAUGAAGAUGGAGUGAAGCAUAAUCUCGUCAGAGGUUACAAGCUGUCAGGGCGUGUUCUUGUCAAUCUCGUCUGGGAGAACGAGGUCUCACAGAAUAUCAAGAAAGCACCGUUCUUGAAGCACAGCUUCGCCAGUCAGGCGAGGAAGGUCGAGCUCCCUCAGGCUCCCCAAGAAGAGGAGGAGGGGGAGAGCAGCGCACCAGCCCCAGCUCCAGUUGCUCCACCCCAGCCACAAAACAACGACAGUGGUGGCAGCCGCAAGAUGCCUAAGUGGCUGAAGGGCUUAUCCAAGAAAUAG